AGGAAAGAGGGUACUACGAGUAAGCUGGGAGGAGGCGACCCACGGCCUCGCUGUGUCUUCAAGUGUCGUGCAUGCAUUUUUGUGGAUCUGUUUUCUUUGCAUGCACAUACGCUCUCUCUCUCUCUCUCUCUCAUCCUCUGUCUCUCUCUCUCUCUACAUCUGCAUACUUUCUGUGCUAUCAUUAACCCCUUCAGCCCCACCACCACCACCACCAUCGUUUCAAACCCACCAUUCACCGACCUCCACCUUCACUGUGUGGAGUCUGUUGACCCACUUCAUCUUUUCAGAUUCCUUCUAAGAUUUGAAGUUUUGGAGUACGAUUUCAAGUCUUGAGUCCUUUGUAACUCCCAUGGUGUUCAUGUGAAUGUCACAUUCCAGAGAUUUGAAGCAGAUUUGAUUUAGGAUUGAUUUGGGGCAAUGGGUUCCAAGAUUUGCAUGAAUGAAAAGUGCCAGGCAACGACGUCGCCUGAAUGGAAGAAAGGUUGGGACUUGAAAUCAGGUGGAUUUGCAACUCUCUGUUCCAACUGCGGAUCUACCUAUGAGAGUUCAGUGUUCUGCGAAACGUUCCAUCUAGAGGAGGAUGGUUGGAGGAAAUGCAAAUUAUGUGGAAAGCAUAUCCACUGUGGAUGCAUUGCUUCAAAAUAUUUGCAUGACUACAUGGAUUCUGGUGGUGUAGGGUGUAUAAGCUGCGCAAAAGAUGUUGACAAUCACUCAAUGAGACCAGUUGAGAUCCCAAGCGAUGAUGUUCUUCAUGGAUAUGGCAGAUUGAGGGUACUAGCCAAUCUGCAAUCCUGCAAUGUUGAUGCAACAAUAGAUUGCAAUGGCUUUGAAACAGGGAAGCUCAUGCAGUUAAGCAAUGCCAUAGAGGAAAAUCAGCAUAGCCCCUUCCCUCAAUGUCAGAAGGGUGACACGAAUAUAUCUAAUGGGCAGGUCAAACCAGAUGACAAGACACAUCCUACUGGGGAAGGUGGCAUAGGGUUUCCAAGUCUCAUCCAACAGUCAGUUGGACAAUCUAGAUUUUCCAAUUUAGGUAGCAGUGGGCCAACGCUAGGCCUUGAAGAUAUGUAUGAGUCAGUAGCUCAGCCAUCCUUGAGGUUCUCUUUAAGCACUUCUUUAUGCUCUCCAAAUCCUAUAUUGCCUUUUCCUGGUGAGGUUGCCGAAGGGAAAGAACAGAACAAAGUUCCUCUCUUGCAACAAGGGCAGAAGACAAGACAUAUUUUGCCGAAGCCCCUCAAGGCUGGCCUCAACAUUAGCUCAGAGGCAAAAAAAGGGAAAAUUUCUCAGCCACUCAUUGCGAGGCCUCCUGCCGAAGGGCGGGGCCGCCAUCAAUUACUCCCACGAUACUGGCCAAGGAUUACAGACGAAGAGUUGCAGCAGUUAUCUGGAGAUUUAAAUUCCACUAUUGUGCCAUUGUUUGAGAAGGUUUUAAGCGCUAGUGAUGCUGGUCGAAUUGGUCGUUUGGUCCUACCCAAGGCAUGUGCUGAAGCUUAUUUUCCUCGUAUAUCUCAAUCAGAAGGUGUGCCAAUUAGGAUUCAGGAUAUUAAAAGGAAAGAGUGGACAUUUCAGUUUAGAUUUUGGCCUAAUAAUAACAGCAGGAUGUAUGUUUUAGAGGGCAUCACCCCUUGCAUACAGAGUAUGCAACUACGAGCUGGUGACACUGUGACAUUUAGUCGAAUAGAUCCUGAAGGCAAACUUGUUAUGGGCUGUCGAAAGGCAACAAUUGUUGGCGUGCAGGAUGCCCAAACAUCUUCCCUUCCCAACGGUUGUCAUUCUGGAGAAACUUCAUUUUUUGUUGUUAAUGAAAGCCCGCCUCCUGAGAAGCAUGGGGGCAGAAUAAACAAGGAUUUGUUAGAGCAGCCCAUGCUGACUCUGGAAAAGAAGGGGACUCAAAACAUUGGGAAAAGCAAGAGACUGCACAUUCAUAGUGAAGAUGCUUUGGAGCUGCAAGUCACAUGGCUAGAAGCACAGGAUCUGUUCCGCUCAUCCCCCGGUGCCAAGCCAACCAUAGUCAUGAUUGAGAAUCAUGAUGUUGAAGAAUAUGAUGAACCACCAGUUUUUGGAAAGAGGACUCUAUUCACAGCCCAAGCAUCCGGGGAACAGGAACAAUGGGCUCAGUGUGAUAGUUGUUCCAAAUGGCGAAGGUUGCCCAUGCAUGUUCUUCUCCCUCCAAGGUGGACAUGUUCUGAUAACAUUUGGGAUUCAAACAGAUGCUCAUGUUCUGCCCCUGAUGAGAUAAUUCCAAAGGAAGUAAGAAGUCUUUUCAGAGCCGGGAAGGAUUCUAAGAAGCAAAGAACCACAGAAAAUAAGGUAGCCCAAGAACUUGGGCCUUCUGGCCUGGAUGCUUUGGGCACUGCUGCAGUUCUUGGAGACAAUGCUGGUGACUUAGGUGAGCAUUCAGUCGGAGCCACUACCAAACAUCCCCGACAUCGCCCUGGAUGCACUUGCAUUGUGUGCAUUCAGCCCCCAAGCGGAAAGGGAAAGCACAGUCCGAUGUGUGUAUGCAACGUGUGCAAGACAGUAAAGCGCCGCUUUAAAACCCUCAUGCUGCGCAAGAAGAAACGCCAGUCAGAACUUGAAGCAGAAGUCGCCCAGGGAAAGGACCUGGGUAUGCCUAAGGAUGGGUCAGAACCCGAUGGCACAUUGGGGCAUACAUUGCCGCAUAUGAGUCAUUCAGAAAAUGAAAAAAGUCAGAAUGGAAUCCUACUGGAGGUUGGUGAAACAGACAAAGGGCAGUUAGACUUGAAUUGCCAUCCCAACCGUGUCGAGGAAAUUCUAACAGAGCCAACUGGACUUGGCAUGUUGAGCCUUGUUCAUGGGGCAAGCCGUCCAAUGGAGAAGUAUUUGAAGCAGAAUGAGCUUGGAACCUUUGGCCCCGGUUUACUCUCACAGGCUGGUGGUGAGAAUGAAGGACGCCCACCGGCUGACAGGCGGCUUGCAUCUGUAGUGGGGAAGCUGCAAGACAAGGGUGAUGAAGGGUGA